GUCGUCGUCGAGCGGCAACAACUAACAACCACAACUCGACAAGGCCACACAACGGGUGACCUACUGGCAAUCACACAACACUCUCACCCGUCAACGACCCCCACGACACGACCACAUCUACAUCUGCGACACCUACCACCACCCCCCACCCACCACCAUGGACCUCUCGGCCCUAAAUUCUUCCCUCCCGCCAGGGCUGGCAGACGCUGAACGUGACAUGGGUGGCAAGUUCAGAGCCGCCGCACUGAGCAUCACUACGCUGUACAAGGCAUCGCUGGCAUCGACAAAGGUGAGUUACGAGGCGACGAAGCUCAGCUCACACCUCCAGCAAGCGUACCAGGUCGGAUACUCUGCAGCUCUCUCGGACGUCCUCUCCAAGCUCCAGUCGGACAUUGGCGCCGGCGCCGACGCCGCCGAUGCCCUCGCGCGCCUGAUGGACUGGAGCGAGGCUCGACAGGCUGCGAUGGUGGCGUUUGCCGCAGACGAAGACGAGGAGAAGCCCUCGACGACGUCGAGCGCCGCGGCCGCCGCCUCGCGCUCCCAGUCGGUCGCGGCGCCCCAGCCACUCCACUCGCGCCAGUUCCCCGCCUCGACCUCGCAGCAGCAGCAGCACCAGCGCCCGGCUUCCGCGCCGGUCCCUGAUGCUCGGCCUCGCGGCUUUGCGCGCAGUGAGUCGUCGCUGCGCACCGACACUGCGAUGGAAGCCGACGAGACGCCGACGUCGUCCGCCUCUGCGAGCGCGAGUGUGAGCUCGUCCCGCCGACCCAUUGCGCCGGCGCACCUCGAGCGUGCGAUGCCCGAGGUCGCGCCGCCCUCGUCCUCGCCUGUCAGCUCGCCGUCGGGCGUAGGCCGCCCGAUCGCCCCCGGCCGUCUCUUGCGGAAUAUGGGCUCGCGCGUGCCGAGCAGCAGCUCGUCCACCACCGCGCCGACAUCGUCUUUCAACUUUUCCAUUCCGCCGGCAUACACGAUCCCCACGCUCGAGCUUCCUCCAGCUUCUGGACCAGCACAGACCGGCCCGAUUGGCUCCAAACGGCCCAUUGUCGACGCCGAGAUGACCGACAGCGCACCGUCGACACCUGUGCGUGGCGGCGCAGGUCGCGCCUCCAAACGCCGCAGCAUGGGCCUCGCGCUCGUGCAGGACAGCGAGGACAAGGAACGCGGUAGUGCAGAGCGCCGCCGACCACCGCGGCGUGGUGGCGGAGGCGGGGGCGCGCGGGCACCUAGUCCGAUCUAGGCAACGAGGAGGCGGGGCGGUAUGAGGGCUCGUGGCAUUGAACAUUCAGCUCGAGGGCGGAGCAGCGGUAGCGGCAUUCGGCGGAGUAGCAGAGUAGCAGCAUUCAGCAGACCGACGACGAGCAUAGAUACAUUCAAUGGGUUGUAUGGAUUAGUCAUUGGGCG